GCCUGAGAUAUUGGUUAUUUUGAGGGCAUAGAUGUUAUACAAACCUUUUUUAUUCGAAGUGACGUAGAUCUGAGUAUAUGUGUAUAUCUAUUUGAUUCGACUUUGGAGAAAUGUCAAAUUGUUUUAAAUUUUUUAUUUGUUGAGAAUGACUAUUUUAUUAUUAAAUAAUUAUUUAAUUAAUCAACGAUGAAUAAAAUUUGCAGAAUUUGUUUAGAAGAAGGAGUUUUAUCUUCAAUAUUUACUAAAAAUUUUAAUUUAUCUUUGUGUGAUAUGAUAGAAUAUUGCUGUAAAAUUAAAAUAUAUAAAAAUGAUGGUCUACCAGAACAGAUGUGCAGUAAUUGUGUCUACAAAUUGGGUAUUGCAUAUCAUUUUAAACAAACUUGUGAGAGUGCUGAUGUUCGAUUGAGACAAUAUCUGGGCCGGCAAAUACCUGAGAAAUCCAGUGAUGUUGCUGUGAUGACAGAUCCUAUUGUACCUACACAUGCAACUAUAAUAAAGAAAUGUAAAUGUAGACUGGGUCAACAGAGAAAAACCAGCACAAAUUACAAAAGAAAGCCAGAAUCUGAGAAGUUGAAACGUGGUCCAAAACCUAAACCUAAACAAACACACAGUUGUUACCAAUGUGACAAAGAAUUCAGAUGCCAAGCACAAUUAGAAACACAUGUCAGAACACAUACAGGAGACAAGCCAUUUACCUGUAUGUAUUGCCCACGCAGAUUCACACAGAAACAUAAUUUGACCAUACAUCUACGAGUACAUACUGGUGAAAAGCCAUUUCAGUGUGAAGUUUGCAGUAAAAGAUUUUCUGCACAAGGCAAUUUUCACGCACAUUUGAAAAUUCAUACAGGACAGAGAGAUCACGUAUGUUCUUUGUGCAAUAAAUCAUUUAUAACAUCCAGCGAAUUAACACGUCACAUGAGUAAACAUAGGGGAGUUAAAAAUUUCAAAUGUGACCUAUGUAAUGCUGCAUACAUACAUUCUAGGGAUUUAAAAUUACACAAAAUGAAAAAACAUGAUGUCGACAACAGUUCAAAAAUGCGUAAUGAAGGUUUUAACAAUACUAACAUUGAUAUUAUUGGAAUAGAUGUUGGGAAGGAUGUACCACCUAUGCCCUUGAAUCCUACGAAGGAAGUUAACCAUCACAUACAGCAACUUAUUAAUGAGAAGCCUCAACCGAUUCUGUCUGAACACAAUACAUUGUUGCCAUUUGACCAUAGAGUUUUAAAAGAUGUUUAUAACAGUCACAACCCUUACACUAAUAGUAAAAAUGUAAUAGAGAGUCACAAUUGCGCUGUCUGCGGAGAGGGAUUCGAGUAUUUAGCAGCUCUUGCACAGCAUCACUUACAGUAUCAUAAAGGUUAUGAAACAUUACAAUCAAAGACUUAUAAUAACUAGUAGCACCAACUGUACUAGUAAUAAUAAUGUGUUCCUAUAUAUUUUUCUGUAAUGUACUAGAGGUAGGCAGCAAGGAAAUUUCAUUGUUUUCAAUUAAUAGAUUGAAUAAGUCAUUUUCUGCACUAAUUCUGUUACUAGUGAUAUAUAUAAGUAUAAAAAUAAGAUAAAUAUUAUUAUUUAAUGAAUUUCAAGUAUUAUUUAUUGUAUGUGAUAACAAUAAUAAAUAUGAGUAAUACAUCUUUUACUUGUUACCAAAUCAUUCAUGCCAUUCACAUGUGACACUCCCAGUAUUGCAGGUAUCUAUGAGUUACUACAACCAUUCACCAUGAGACAAGCUAUAUAUUUUUUGCUACGCAAAAUUCUAUUUUUAUGAUAGUUUUGUAUUGCCUGUCUUGGCAAAUGUUACUAUCCUAUAACUAAAUGUCAUUGUCAAUUAUAAUUCAUAUAAAAAUGUAUUAAAUAUAAUAAAUAAAUCAAGGUAAAUAACACAGAAAAAAAUGGUGCCAAUUGGAGAGAUAGGUAAUGAAAUUUUACUGAUCUCUUGAACAAGGCAAAAGAUUGCGCAAUCUAAUAGAAAAAGGUAAAAGACUACUGGAUUGUGUGCUGUUAACUUACACAGAAUAUUUAGAAUUAUUUUUACUAUUUUCUAUUAGGUGUAGUAUUAGCUUUGCCAUCAGCAAUAGGGAUAUAAAAAGAUGUAAAUAUAUUUAAAUUAUUUAUUAAAACAAUUACAUUAACAUAUUUAUUUGCACUAGUUGAUCAAGUCUAUUGUUAUAUCAUUUAGCGAACUGGGACCCAAGGUUCAAGAAUGUCACCGAUUUUCUUUCUUUCUGUAAAAAUACCAUAGCAUACAGUUAUAUAUAGGCAAUUAGAAAAUUAACUAAGAUAUAUAAUGAAUUAAAAUAAUCUUACUAAUAUAAAUAUGGAAGAUUGUUUGUUAUUGAUUGUUUAUUGUUAAACUUUUGGCACUAACAGUGCAAUCAUUUUUUAAUUCUAAAUAGUAUGUGUAAUACUAUUUAAUAAUAAAAGGGACAUAAGUUACUCUUUUUCUGGCCAAUCAAAGUUGUAGGUACAGACUAGACAUUUGAAUUAAGAAGUAUACUUAUUAUUUUAAAUGACCACACAUGGAAAUGAAAUUUAUUUGCCAGAAACAUUGUAGAUAAGAUGUUGCAUUUGUCAAGUUUUCCAUUAUGUUUCGCCACAUCAAAUGGUAUGCAAAUAUUAACCAUUGAAUUUAUCUACAUGUAUGGUUCUUUUAUAUAGGUAAUUUACAUAUUUAUUUAAUUUCGUAAUUUAUAUAUAUAUAGUUGAAGGAAUGAAAGCGCCUUUUAAAGUGAUAGUUUUUAUCAUUUUUAUACCAUGGUUAUAAUGGGUUUUUUUAUUAAUUCUAAUAAAAAUCAAAUUUUUUAACAAAUUUUAAAAGGUACAAAAAAAUUACUGACCUAAUAUGGUACCCGAAUAUCGAGUAUAAUGUGCAUAUAAUAUUAAAUGUAACAUAUAUACCUGGCUCUGGGAAGUCUUCUGGGUGCAAUUCAACAUAAUGUCUGUAUACAGCAUCUUUCUCAGCAAAAUAUUCAUCUCGUUUCUUCUGUACAUAUGUUAAUAAAGCAGUUAUUCCACCAGCCAAUAGAACAUGCUUUUGUAUACCUAAAAAUAUUGUACAUUUUUUCUGUAUUAUUGCACUUAUAUAAACUUAUUAUUUUAUUUCUAAUUUUAAAGAUUUUCCUUAUGUGGUUUGCAUAGUAAACAUUGUUUUGUUUCCUA